CUGUUUUCGGUUCGUCGCUCCUUUCGCUCCACAACAGACUUCCCCAUCUAGGAGCUAACAAACUAGCUGGCAAACGACUAUGGAAACAGCUACUAGCAGAAAACAGACAUACAGGCCCUGUAAGCAACGAAGCACUCAGUAACAGACAACAUCCUUGAAAGACGCCACUAAAUAGGCCAGAAAAAAAAAACAGCUUCGAGAAACUUGGCCACGAAGCACUGCCAGCAAUCACAAAUAUUCCAACCUCUUAUUGUCAAUUAGAAGCUAACAGCUGACCGUUUAAGUAUCGCCGAACGAUGUCAACACAUGUUUAACGUUGAGGUAGGCGUCGCUCUUACGACCUUGGGUGCAGUCUUUUUUCGGCUCGACACAUUCAGUGGUUCAAUACCGCGUCUGUUAGGUAACAGGAAUUCCACAAAGCAACAUCACAACGGCCCAGCAGUUAGAGAGGAUCCGCCGAUGGUCGAAGAUAAACCGAGCCAGCAGCACAAGAACCACGGUAGGUUAGGAUACGAUCGGCGACAGGCCAUGCCAGGGUGCAGCCAGGCACAGCCAUGCUAGUGUGGAAAAGUAGUUCUAGUUGUUAUUGUAGACGCGACUUGUAGCGAAAACCGUGAAAACUCUAGGACAGCUAAAAUCACCAGUACGACGAAGCAGGAAGCGAACUGUGUGCCAAUAGUAAUCGGAUAUUAUACAAAAUAUCGGAGACGACCAGACUGCCGCAAUCAAGUUAGUAAAAAUGGAGUAAUUUGUUUUAUUGCGACAGUGACUCGCGUAUUUUUCGCUGAAUAGCAAAAAAUAACUAAAAUUCGUAUCAUGGAUAGUGCAAAUUUCAAUUACUACGGUCGGGACAUGCAGGAUUCCGUGUCCCGUCUCCAGAAAAAGUAUUGGUCUACGAAACAGAUUCUAAUAAAGAAAUUUGGCAAAAAAGAAGACGAUAAUCUGGUAGCGUCCGAUGCUGAUCUCGACGCGAAACUCGAGUUAUUUUCAGCAAUCUACAACUCAUGUGUGGCACUCGAACGAAUACUUGAAAAUUACCAGGACCGUCUCUCGAUUCUCAGCCAGGAGGAAAAUGCCAUGGGUAGGUUUCUCAAGGACUGCGGCAAGCAGGAUAAGACUCGUGCCGGCAAAAUGAUGACGGCAACCGGCAAGUCGCUAGCCUUCACCGCUCAGCAGAGACUCACCCUGCGAAAUCCUCUGAUACGGCUGUAUCAAGAGGUAGAGACGUACCUCAUUCGGGCGAUAGCCGAUACCGAGGCAACUGUUAAUAAAAUGGAGAAAUCUCGCACCGAUUAUCGAGGUGCGCUGCUUUGGAUGAAAGAAGUGUCGCAGAAGCUUGACCCAGACACGUACCGGCAACUAGAAAAGUUUCGCAAAGUACAAGGUCACGUCAAAAAGACAAAACUUGGUUUCGAAAAGUUGAAAGUAGACACCUUGCAGAAAGUCGACCUGUUAUCCGCUUCGAGGUGUAACAUGUUUUCGCAUGCGCUUGCAGCUUAUCAGCAGGCUCUUUUGGCUUUUUGGGAUAAAACUGCGCAGGCAUUGGCCGAAGUGUCGGAAGCUUUUAAGGGCUAUCAGUACUAUGAGUUCACGGUGGUGAAGGAGUUGGCUGAACCAAGUAAAAAACUCGCUGAAGAGAGUGGUAACAUCGGUGAACCAGACUCACCUUCGAAAAAGGCACGUGAAGACGGCGACAGAGAUCGAGCUUUGUUCUACAAUCCUGAGUGGAAAGACUCCCCAGAGCACACGGCUCAAAAGGCAAGUCUGUGGCAGGUGAAAGAUGGCCAAGUUAUCUUGGAAAAAACCGAUGACGCCACAGAGAAAAACGGCCCAACGAAGGCCUGCGACAACAAGGAAGUAGGAUUACAACAGCCUGCACUGAUUGAUAAUGAUGAGCCGCUCCUUUUGUUUGAUAAUGACGAUGCCACAGAUCUGGGCUCGAUGCUCGACGAGAUCUUUCGUUCUAAUAGCGCGCAGAGCGCCCUACAAGGGAGUUUUGCCAAGGAAUGGGAGAGCACAUUUGGACAAGUUCAAACACAAAAGGAUUCGUCAGCGACCGCAGAAACUGAUCUCCUCGGAGGGGCGUUCCAAGAUGUAGCUUUGAUCGAGGGCCCGCAGGCUGCCAAAGACGAGAGCCGAUUAAUUCUGCCGUCGCAGUUGCUCAAUCAGCAACUAGCCGGACUCAAUGCCUUUGGCGAGAUGGCGAACAAUGCCACAUUUGGCGCGAUGCUGAGACCCGCCCAAACAGCACAGCCGGUGUGCCAUUCCAGCAUCUUCAGUUUUUCGCAGGACAAUGGCGCAUCAACCUCGGGAGGAGCUGGCACCGCCGAGAGAAAACAACUUCCCGGACACAAAACGGACCCAUCAGCAUGGCUGGGAUUAUUUGCCGACUUGGACCCAAUCUCGAACCCGGACGCUAUCGGCGCCAAAAAGCCACAAGAGGAGCGUAACUGCUAAGUGAGCAUGCAAAAUUCGUAUUGCACUGUUUUUAUGAAGAUUCACGCGACCGUGCAAUCUGUUGGCGCUCGCACAGAAUUGCUCCGAAGAUUCGCCAUUGCAUCGGAGGGGAAAGUGGGCAAGCGCCCACGCGGAACUGCGGGCCCAGGAUCGCGGUCUGGGAGCACGCUGCAGAACUCGACCUAUCAACCGG